AUGCUUCCUGAACAAUAUUUAAAUACAGCAGUUUCCAUAUUUGCUUCCAUUUUAUUCAUUCCACUCUCAAUAAUUGCAUUAUUAAUUAAUUUACUAUAUGCUUGUGUUUUAAUUCAUGGGCACCGAUAUUUUUCUACCAAAUUUGUUUAUAUUUGUUCAAGACAUUUAGUAAUAGCUGAUAUAGUAUCUUCACUCACACAAAUUUUUGUAAUUGUUCCUACUGUUAUUUUACCAUAUGAGAUUGGAAGAGGUUAGUAGUUGAGGAAGUGUGUUGAAAAGAGUCAGAUUAAGGUUCUCGGGUUUUGUCUAAGUAGCCUUUGGAUUAAAUUCGAAACAUUGAACAACUGUGACCCCGUUUUCCUUAGAUUUUUUAUAUU